UUCUCAAGAUGGUGGAAGAAAUGGAGAAAUCAACUCAACCGGAGGAACCCGAGAAAUCCUCAUUAUCGUCAGCCACCGACGGAGGAGAUGCAGCAGACGGAUUGGAGGAAGGAGAGAUCGCGGGCGAGUCAGAUGAGAUGCCCAAUCCAGACAAGGGAUUGACGACAAAACACCCGUUAGAGAACUCGUGGACCUUCUGGUUUGAUAACCCCUCUGCUAAAUCCAAACAGGCCGCCUGGGGAAGCUCUAUCCGUCCCGUGUAUACUUUCUCCACGGUUGAAGAUUUCUGGAGUGUUUACAAUAACAUACACCAUCCGAGCAAGUUGGGCAUUGGAGCGGAUUUCCAUUGUUUCAAGCAUAAAAUUGAACCAAAGUGGGAGGAUCCUAUUUGUGCCAAUGGAGGGAAGUGGACUGUAACCUAUGGAAGGGGGAAAUCUGAUACUAGUUGGUUGUAUACGUUGUUGGCAAUGAUUGGGGAGCAAUUUGACCAUGGCGAUGAAAUAUGUGGAGCUGUUGUGAAUGUCCGAAAUAGGCAGGACAAAAUUUCUAUCUGGACCAAGAAUGCUGCCAAUGAAUCAGCCCAGACUAGUAUUGGGAAGCAAUGGAAGGAGUUUCUGGAUUACAAAGACACAAUUGGUUUCAUAUUUCAUGAUGAUGCGAAGAAACUUGACAGGAAUGCCAAGAAUCGUUACACAGCAUAAGUCUUGACUUCGAAAUCAAUUGAAUGCUGGAUAUUAUCCAUACAAAAUGUUCCCAGUAUUAUCAAUUCUUAUGUUAGCUAGUUGUUCGGUGGUUAAUAUAACUUGGACCUGCCUUUUUGCAGUGGAGAGAAUUUCGAGUAAAAACGUUUUGAAAUUCCAAAAAAGGAGUAUCAUGUUUUUUAUUCCCUAAAUAGCAUUAAAUUUCUGUCAAGUUUGGGCAUUACAAGGCUUUAAACAUGCUAUUUUUUUCCAAACUUGGCAAAUUACUCCUAUCCAAGGAAUAGAAAACAUGGUACUCCUGUUUUGGAAUUUCAAAACGUUUUUACCUUAUUUAGGACAAUUUCUCUUUGCAGUGUUAUUGCACUUCUUUUUGUUCUCUCUCAUGUAGUCAACCCCUUUUGGUCUUGACCACCAAAUUGUGGGUGAUGGAUGGAUACCAUCUCGGAAACAAGUUCUUUAGAAUUUUCUGUGAAAAGCAUUAUGAUCGUCUUGGUUGAAUCAGAAAUUGGAAAACGGACACUAUGGCUCCGUUUGUUUCUCAGCGGGUAGAGUGCUACACGCUGCAUUUUGCAGCGCUUUGUAGUUCACCUCAUUCGGCGGAUUGGGAUAAACCGCUAUUACCCAAACACACCCUAUCUUCGAGUGGAUAUUGGAACGGACUGCCAUGCUUUAUGUAGUAGUUAUUAUCGUAAAACUUAAAUAUACUUUUAGUUCAUGUAUAUAUGGUAUUAUUUUCUUAGGUCCAAC